CUAAAAGGAUGUACAUGCGGUAUGUAUCUGCCUGUUAUCUGCAGAGCCGCAUUCAUUCAAUACUUGAUGCCAUGGCUGUAUCUUAUGGACUUGUGACACUUUAGAUAGAAUUAGAUAUUCAGUCUGAAGUCAACUUUAAGCUUCAGCAAAGUAGAGAUAACUACAGACUUGUUCAUUGAAACACACAGACAGAUUUCGGACCACAUUCAUCACAGUACAGCCAAUCAGGAGCCGUCGUCUGACCCCAGACCAUGUGUACGUUAAGGGAGAUGCUGGACAGGCUGACCACCCCCUCGUACCCCUCGUACCCCUCCUACAGCACGGGCCUGUUCACCGACGUCUGGAACCCCAAGAGGAGCCCGGUCCGCCAGAGCACUUUGGCACCACCUUCCCUCUUCGGCCUCAACUACGGCACACGCAACCCUUACCUGGGGCUCACCAGUGUCACACCCACACUCACCCUCGCCGGCCACACCCUGACCUUCGUCGCUGGGCGGUGGGUCGACGAUACCGCCACCCCCAGAACAACCCCAACAGCCACCUCUAGAGACCACUGUAGGGAGAAGCCCGGGGCCGGGGCUGACUCCAGGGUCCGAAGUCUGAAGAAGAAGGCCCGUAACCUGGAGGAGGAGAAUACCGCUCUGGAGGAGGAGAAUAACGCCCUGAAGCUGCGUGUGGAGCUGCUGCUGGACAUGUGGUCUGAUACUAUGGCAGAGGUUUGUGUGCUCAAGUACACACUCGAGGAUACAGAGGAGGCCCUCGCAAAGAGUCGCAGGAAAAAAGGCCAAGAGAUCUCCCAAUAA